GCAAGCCCUGCAGGCGGAGAUUGAGAAUCCGUGCGCAUUUUCGGCUUUUCCCGUUGCCCGUUCGCGAAAAAACAACAACUGAUUCAUUGGUCCCAUGUCCUUGUCACGCAAUUUGGUCGACGUGGCAGUGCUUGCCUCUGCAGCAUCCAAGAUUGGCUACGCUUUUCUAGGCAGUCAAUCCGCGGCAUUGGUUCAGCAUGUCAAAACUUCCAGUCUCUGUAACCCCACUCCUACCGUACCUGUCACCACCCCUCCUCAAGCCGAGCAGCCACCUCAACCGGAAUCUCCACCUACCGCAGCACCACCAGAGUACUUUGUCGGUGAAGCAGCGCCAAUCAAUAAGGAACAAGUAUCACACAACACACCUUCACAGCCAGCAGCUCCUGACGCCGCCUAUGCCAAAGUGUCCGCCUCACCGACCGUCAAGCCUCCAACCGUAGAGGAACCAACUACCAAAGCUGCACAAGCAACGACGGCUAAUGACCCUAUGUCGUCACUCAAUGUAGAAGACAUUGCCAUUCCACAAGAAGUAGGCGAGCAAAAUAAGGAGGCGGAAGUUAGACGUGUAUUGAAAGAAUCGCGUAUUCCGACUUCCAGAGCUGGUCGUCUCUGGCAUUAUGGUCAAUUGGCCACUGGUUUGGGCUGGGGAGCGCUUAAUGAAUCGUUCAAGCGAGCGACUGGUCAAUCGAAAACCACAGGAUCGGUGAUGUUGAGUGAAAAGAAUGUGGAUCGUCUUGUGGAAAAACUAUCGCGUAUGCGAGGUGCAGCGCUGAAAAUGGGACAGAUGCUGAGUAUUCAAGGUAUUCAGGCCGCCGGUGAAGGCCGUAGUAUGAUCCCUCCCCAGCUGGAGCAAGUGCUUUUGCGAGUUCAUGACAGCGCAAAUUAUAUGCCAAAAUGGCAAAUGGAGAAAGUCAUGGCAGAAGAGUUGGGACCGGAUUGGUUAUCCAAAUUCAAGGAGUUCGAUCCUGUGCCAAUUGCAGCUGCAUCUAUUGGACAGGUUCACGCAGCGACACUCGCUUCCAACAAUCAGCCAGUGAUUAUCAAGAUUCAAUAUCCCGGCGUGGGCGAGUCCAUUGACAGUGAUUUGAACAACCUAAAAGCCAUUAUUACGUUCAGUAACCUGUUGCCGCGUGGGCUGUAUUUGGAUAACACGAUUCGAGUGACCAAGCAGGAAUUAGCUUGGGAAUGCGACUAUGUUCGCGAAGCCGAUAAUGCCGUUCGUUUUGGUGAAUUAUUAAAAGGUGAUACGCGCUACAAAGUGCCGGCGGUCGUCAAGGAAUUGUGUACACAGCGAGUGCUUGUCUGCGAACGACUUAGAGGUCGUGUACUCAGUAAAGCCACCGAAGAAAGUCAAGACGUGCGUAACAAGCUGGGAGAACGUCUUUUGCGACUGUGCCUUCGUGAGGUGUUUUCUUUCCGGUUCAUGCAAACGGACCCCAACUGGUCCAACUUUUUCUACAACCCCAAAAACGGCCAGAUCGAGUUGCUUGAUUUUGGAGCGUGUCGUGAAUAUUCCAAAGAGUUUUUAUCGCUUUAUGGAAAAAUUCUUGUGUCUGCCGCGAAGAACGAUCGGGAUGGAGUAUGGCAAUACUCCAAGGAACUGGGCUUUGUGACGGGUUAUGAAACCGACGUGAUGCGACAGGCGCAUAUCGACAGCGUCAUGGUACUGGGUGAGCCCUUCAGAGAUACGGCACCGGAUCAAUAUGAUUUCAGCAUGCAAACAAUCACGGCGCGAGUACGGGAUACCAUUCCCGUGAUGCUGCAGCAUCGAUUGACCCCACCGCCUGACGAAACUUAUGGUUUGCAUAAGAAAUUGUCGGGCGCUUUCUUGCUUUGCACCAAACUGCGUAGCCAAUUCGACACAAAGGCAGUUUGGAAAGAAGAAGUGGCAUCGAAAUUUCAUGUAUAAAGUUUAGCAUCCAUCAAAUCACUCCCUUCUCAUUUAUAGAUAAUGCUUUUUUAUAUUGAGACUGAAAAAGCCUCAUUCAACCGCUUCAUGAAGCGAUUAAUAAUAAUGUAUACACC